CCGUCUAAAAUCUGCAAGGAUUCAGUUCCUGAAAUUAUGACUUCUUCUUUCUGAUCCUCCUUCAUCUGGACAAGAGUGGCAUAGAUAGAAAAACUAAUGUGUUUAUGAGUGUGCUGUCUUUGACUGUUGUAGGGUUUCAGGUGUUCUGCUGCCUCCUUGUUUGCAACAAAUAUGGAUCAAGUGACGCCAACCACAGAAGAUUACUGGGGAUUUGAUGAAUAUGACAAUUACACCAUGCCCCUGACAUGAGCAGCAGUAGUGCAGAGCCAUGUUUACAGGAGGACAUCUACAGUUUUGCAAAGGCGUACUCCCCUGUUGUAUACAUUCUGGUGUUCCUCCUGGCUGUGGUGGGCAACGUCCUGGUGCUGUGUGUGAUCCGACGCUACCGAAACACUCAGAGUGGUGGUGCCUGUGCCUUCUCUCUGACAGACACCUUCCUCCUUCACCUCGCCAUUUCUGACCUGCUGCUGGCCUUCACCCUGCCCCUGUUUGCAGUGCAGUGGGCUCACCAAUGGGUGUUCGGCUUGGCUGCUUGCAAGAUCUCCGGUGCCCUCUUUUCCCUGAACCGCUACAGUGGCAUCCUCUUCUUGGCCUGCAUCAGCUUUGACCGAUACCUGGCCAUUGUUCACGCUGUGAGCUCUGGCUGGAAGCGCAACACCUGCCAUGCCCAGAUUGCGUGUGCCGUCAUCUGGGUGGUCUGCCUGGGCCUGAGUGGAGUGGACAUUACUUUCAAACAGGUAGUGGAGGUGAAGACUAUAGGUCAUCAUAAGACACUCAUGUGCCAGGUGUGGUUCGUUGAGAACUUCAGACAGUGGCAGGCCGGGCUGCAGCUGAUCAGUGUGGUUCUGGGUUUUGGGCUCCCCCUGCUGAUCAUGCUCUACUGCUACAUGCGCAUCUUCAAGUCUCUUUGCAAUGCCACUCGUCGCCAAAGGCGAAAGUCUCUCCGCCUCAUUAUCUCCUUAGUGUCUGUGUUUGUCAUCUGCUGGGCACCGUACAACUGCUUCCAGCUGGCAGAUAGUCUGCACUGGCUAGGAGUGGUGACUGCAGGUUGCCAGUUUGGUCGUGUGGUGGACAUUGGGACUCUGAUCACUGAAAGCGUGGGGCUGUCACACUGCGCCCUGAACCCUCUGUUGUACGGCUUUGUGGGGGUAAAGUUCAGGAGGGAGCUUGCCAAAAUGUGUAAGGGGCUGCUGGGACAGAGAGGCUGGCAGGGGAUGGAGGGAUGGAGGAAGAGGAGGAAUAGAAAAACCACAGGAUCGUUCAGUUCUGCAGAAAGCGAAAACACCUCUUAUUCUGUGAUGGUGUACUUCACUGUCACAUGGCUGUAUGAGGACACACACCGAAAGAGAGAGAGAGAGAGAGAGAGAGAGAGAGAGAGAGAGAAGAGAAAGAAGAACGUUUGGUUUAGUAUUCUUGACACCCAGAAGAAGCAGCAGCAUUUUGUUUUUUAUUAUUCCUCACUGAGUUUAACCUGUUUGUCUCCACAGAAGAUGUCCAUGGAAUUGGAGCUCGGUGGAGUAUUUGCCAACAACAGCACUUAUGACUAUGACUUGGACUAUGAGUACAAAGAUGAUUCUGAGUCAAAAGACACUGCAUUGGUGUCGAUCCCGGUUCUGUACUCCAUGGUGGUGAUUGUAGGUCUGCUGGUGAAUGGACUACUCCUGUUCGUUUUGGCUCAGAAGAGGCGAUCCUGGAGUAUAUCAGACACCUUUAUGCUCAACCUGAUUGUUGCAGACAUCCUUCUGCUGCUGGUGACGCUGCCCCUCUGGACUGCACAGGCCGCUCAACACUGUGAAUGGUGCUUCAAAGACUUUUUCUGCAAGAUCAGUGGAGCUGUUUUCAAUAUCAACUUCUACUGUGGGAUCUUUCUGCUGGUUCUCAUCUGUCUGGAUUGCUACCUGUCCAUUGUCCACUCCAUCCAGUUUUACUCCUCUGAGAGGCCCAGGUUAGCUCAUAUUAGCUGCCUGUUGGUCUGGAUCAGCUCCCUGAUCCUCUGCGUCCCUGACUAUAUUUUUCUGGUGGCUGGGAAAGAUCCAGAAGAGAAAUCCGUGUGUGUUCACAAAUACUCUCUGUCACCUACUGACUGGCAGCUGCUGUCCCGCCUGCUCCACCACCUGCUGGGCUUCAUGCUGCCUGCAGCCGCUCUGAUUUGCUGCUCCUCCGGGGUCCUGCUACGGCUGCGGCACAGCCCUACAGACCUCCAGAAGAAGAGGUACAUCAUGGUCAUCCUCCCCCUGGUAGUGGUCUUCCUCCUCUGCUGGACGCCGUACAACAUCACACUCAUUGUGGACACCGUCAGAAGAAGCUCUGAGAAACUUAAUGAUGGUUUAUUUACUGUUAGUUCCCUGGAGACACCUCUAAUAGUCACAUCUGCUCUGGGCUGCACUCAUGCAUUCCUCAGGCCUCUACUCUGUCUUUUCCUGGCGAUGCGGAGACGUGCUACAGAUGACAGCUCGCUGUGGGAGAUGGGUGUGGGAGAGAAAGUUCUGCCUGACCAGCGUCCAGUAGAGGAAGAACUGAAAGAACUAAAUGUCGAGCAUCAAAAGCAGUCAAGUCAGUGAUGAAGAAGGGACAGAAAUGCCCUCUUGUUACUCAGAAGUGACCAAACAAUGCUUCAGACUUGAGGGGAAUUUAAUGUGAAGUCAUGUCAUGAGUUCAAGGGGUGGAGGACUAUAUUCUGUCUAAUGAGGAGAAGUAGAUAUUUUUAAAAGAUUGACACCCUGACAUUGCACUUCAAUGUGAAGGUUUCAGAGCCACGUCAUAUGACAUAUAAUGUACUUUUAUUUUGUUAUCACUGUUGCACAACUUUUUACCCUAAAUCAUGAGUUGUUGUUUUUUUACUCAAUUGUAGAUAUCUGUAUUUUUUUAAUUGUGUAUUAUAUGUACUAAAAAUUAGUACUGAAAUCAAACUGUUUUUCUGUUAUUUUAUAUGUAUUUAAAAUAGUCAGUGAACAGGUUUCACCUGUUGCGCAAUCUUCAAUCAUAAAGCUAAUGUCAUAAUGUUUGAAAAGAAACAUAAGCUGUUAUCCUUGUCGAUGUUAUUGUGAUCCGACAUUAAACAGUCCGACAGUUUAUAACUUUAUGGCUGAUAGCAUGUCACAAACUGUUUAACUUUUCAUUUUACACGUUGUCUUCAGGCAGUAACGAGAUGUGUGAAUUCCACAAUUGUGCAGUGAGCAUGGGGAUGUCUGUAUAUGACCACAGUGAUGGAAUUCCCCCAUGGCAAAUCCAACAGCCUUUUUUAUCUUUCACUUAAUUGUUGCAACAUGCAGACUGUAGGACACAGCAUGACACAAACAGGUGCUGAUGUCAUCAGUCAGGUGACCGGGGAAUAGGAAGAGGAAGAGCUCUUUGUUGGUGCUGCGGGCUUUUCAUAGCUCUCUGUUUUCUCUCAUAUAAAGACUUGUCUGUCUGUUUGAACAGAGACCAGUGUGCCUCUAAUGCACACAGCUCUCGUCGCUGAAAAAAAAGAGUGUAGGAGGCAAACAGGAAAGAAAAGGACUUAGGGAGGAUAACAUCUUAUUUUAAAGAUGUACAUGUUUGGGCCGAGCACAAAAUCUGUGUUAUCACUUUGAAGCCUUGGUGCAGGUUUCGGCCUGCCAGACAAACCUGAUUUCUGGGCUCAAGGCAAAAUCAUGAUGUUCAAAACAAACAGGAUACCAGCACUCACAGAUAAAUAGCUUCUUGUUUAUUAUGUUUCAGCUACGAACAUGGGCGGUGAUUAUAUAGUUAUGAAAACAUACUUAACCACAUGAUGUUCCAUCUCUACCAAUAGAUCAUCCUACAUGUUACACACUGGACAUUUAAUAAAUAUAAAUGUAACCUUAAAUAAAGUGUAUUUUCACAAAUGGGUAUUCUUUAAGAAA